AAUCAUUAAUGUGAUUGGCAGAAGCUACAGAGAGAUGGCAUUCUGGUCACCAAGAUACGGUUUCUCAGAGAACUUGAUGAAACAUACUGAUAUGAAUGCUUUUGCUGAAGUUUUGGGUCCAAUCUAUUGGCCUGGUGGAUUACAGACAACCCCAAAGGGAUGGACACCUGUUGAUGUAGAUAGACCCUUAAAGAUAGGGAUUCCUGCGAUGGGUGCAUUCACGCAGUUUGUGAACGUAAGAUAUGACCCGGACACGAAUGAGACAGACAUCUCAGGAUUUUCAAUUGAUGUGUUUGAAGCAGCUGUCAAACAUCUCCCUUAUCAGUUGCCUUACGAGUUUGUGCCCUUCAAUGGCUCAUAUGAUGAGAUGGUGGAACUGGUCUCCAAUAAGAGCUUGGAUGCAGCUGUUGGUGAUAUAGAAGUCAUAGCAGAUCGGUACCAUUAUGUUGAAUUCACACAGCCAUACAUAAGUUCUGGGCUGGAGAUGGUAGUCACUGUGAAGCCAGAUAAGCUGAAGGAAACAGAGAUGUUGGUGUGGCCUUUCACCAGAGAAAUGUGGUUCCUCCUGUUUGUUACACACCUUUCUGUAUGCUUGGUCGCCUGCUUAAUGGAAAUUGUACAUGGACGUAGCUUAGAGGACAUUGGAGCCUUUUGGUUCUGCAUUGAUUGCCUGUUAUUUGCGCCAAGAGAACAAUUUAAGAACCCUUGGGCUCGGUUGCUGCUGGCUCCAUGGCUAUUGGCGAUUGUAGUUGUAACAGCUACUUUCACUGCAAGCCUCUCCUCCAUGAUGACCGUCUCUCGAGUCCAACCAUCUGUGCUUGAUAUUGAAACACUAAAGAUGACAAAUGCAACUGUUGGUUGCAAUGGAAACUCUUUUAUUGUGAGGUACUUGAUUAAUGUCUUAGAGUUUAGACCAGAAAAUAUCAAGAGUAUUGCCUCCAUAAGUGACUACCCAGAGGCCUUUGAGAGGAAGGAUAUUACAGCAGCUUUCUUUGUUUCUCCCCAUGCUAAAGUCUUCCUUGCAAAAUACUGCAACGCUGGCUUUACCAAAACAGGAUCGGUGUACAAGCCUAGCGGUUUUGGAUUUGUUUUUCAAAAGGGUUCGCCUCUGGCUAUUGACAUCUCAGAGGCAAUGUUAGAGGCAACUGAGAGUGGACAAGUGGAAAAGUUAGAAAAACAAAUGCUCUCCUCUUAUAAUUGCUCCUCUCCAAUAAACUCAAACAAUGGUUCAAUAGGUCCUGAACCUUUCUCUGGCCUAUUUCUAAUAGCAGGUUUUGCUUGUGCAUUGGCAUUUUUGGUAACAAUUGUGCGUUUAGUGCGUGAGCAUUGGAGGAAUUUUCUUCCUGGAAACGUGCUUGUGGAAGUUGAGCUGCAACCCAACCCUGUUAAUUAACACAAGAGUUUGGAGAUGGGAUUUUACAUAGCUGUGUGCUGUGAGAAUAAUCACUUUUAGGAUUGUCGUGAGAAUUGUCACUCCUAGUAGCUCUGUGAAGAAAAGCAGUUAAAGUAUUUGAAAAAUUGUAUUUAAAAGUGCCAUAAGUAUAUGAGAAGUUGAGCAUUGGAUAAUUUCAAUUUCCAAAGGGUUGUGGCUG